AUGUCAGACAAUGACAGCUUUGAAUACCGACAUGUGGGUCCGCCAAUAAUGGCAAGAAGUUUGCCAAAUAAAAAAACACAACAACAAAAACUUUAGAGAGACUGGGUCAGUCAAUACGACACGGAACAGAGGAGGCAGGGAGAGAGGAGAAUGACUGAGGGGCCGAGGGGCAUUCCACAAGCCACGGAGCAUGUCUGCUGCCGGGGAACUCAUGCCCAGCCAUAACGGCCAAUAGACAAGGAAAGACGAGGGGAAAGCCAAAGAGGCCAACUGGCCAAGUAAUGACAAGCCUGAACUCAGAGUUAGUGGAUAAAGCUGCUGAAUCAAUCAAACACUUCUCAUAAAGUCCCUUGUCAGAGAACAAUUAGGGACAUGACCACCUUCGCCGACCACACACACACAUACACACACACGCACACACACACACACACACAUACACACACAUACACACAUUCACACAUACACACACACACACAAGAAAAAAGCAGAAUAAAACCAAAAUGAACGUAAGAGAAAUGCCAUAGGGUACUGUGGAACACGAGUGGGGAGCCAGGCCCACCCAAUCAAAUUUAGCAAAAAUGUAUAUACAGUAUUCAGUGCCUUCAGAAAGUAGUCACCCCCCUUGACUUUUUCCACAUUUUGUUGUGUUACAGCCUGAAUAAAAAGAAUGUUUAAAUAGAGAUGUCUUGUCACUGGCCUACACACAAUACCCCAUAAUGUCAAAGUGGAAUUAUGUUGUAAAAGAUUUAACAAGUCACAUAAUAAGUUGCAUGGACUCACUCUGUGUGCAAUAAUAGUGUUUAACAUGAUUUUUGAAUGACUACUUAAUCUCUGUACCCCACACAUACAAUUACAGUGAAGGAAAAAAGUAUUUGAUCCCCUGCUGAUUUUGUAUGUUUGCCCACUGACAAAGACAUGAUCAGUCUAUAAUUGUAAUGGUAGGUUUAUUUGAACAGUGAGAGACAGAAUAACAAAACAAAAAUCCAGAAAAACGCAUGUCAAAAAUGUUAUAAAUUGAUUUGCAUUUUAAUGAGGGAAAUAAGUAUUUGACUCCUCUGCAAAACAUGACUUAGUACUUGGUGGCAAAACCCUUGUUGGCAAUCACAGAGGUCAGACGUUUCUUGUAGUUGGCAACCAGGUAUACCCACAUCUCAGGAGGGAUUUUGUCCCACUCCUCUUUGCAGAUCUUCUCCAAGUCAUUAAGGUUUCGAGGCUGAUGUUUGGCAACUCGAACCUUCAACUCCCUCCUCUGAUUUUCUAUGGGAUUAAGGUCUGGAGACUGGCUAGGCCACUCCAGGACCUUAAUGUGCUUCUUCUUGAGCCACUCCUUUGUUGCCUUGGCCGUGUGUUUUGGGUAAUUGUCAUGCUGGAAUACCCAUCCACGACCCAUUUUCAAUGCCCUGACUGAGGGAAGGAGGUUCUCACCCAAGAUUUGACGGUACAUGGCCCCGUCCAUCGUCCCUUUGAUGCGGUGAAGUUGUCCUGUCCCCUUAGCAGAAAAACACCCCAAAGCAUAAUGUUUCCACCUCCAUGUUUGACGGUGGGGAUGAUGUUCUUGGGGUCAUAGGCAGCAUUCCUCCUCCUCCUAAACACGGUGAUUUGAGUUGAUGGCAAAGAGCUCGAUUUUGGUCUCAUCUGACCACAACACUUUCACCCAGUUCUCCUCUGAAUCUUUCAGAUGUUCAUUGGCAAACUUCAGACGGGCCUAUAUACAGUGGGGAAAAAAAGUAUUUAGUCAGCCACCAAUUGUGCAAGUUCUCCCACUUAAAAAGAUGAGAGAGGCCUGUAAUUUUCAUCAUAGGUACACGUCAACUAUGACAGACAAAUUUAGGAAAAAAAAUCCAGAAAAUCCCAUUGUAGGAUUUUUAAUGAAUUUAUUUGCAAAUUAUGGUGGAAAAUAAGUAUUUGGUCACCUACAAACAAGCAAGAUUUCUGGCUCUCACAGACCUGUAACUUCUUCUUUCAGAGGCUCCUCUGUCCUCCACUCGUUACCUGUAUUAAUGGCACCUGUUUUAACUUGUUAUCAGUAUAAAAUACACCUGUCCACAACCUCAAACAGUCACACUCCAAACUUCACAAUGGCCAAGACCAAAGAGCUGUCAAAGGACACCAAAAACAAAAUUGUAGACCUGCACCAGGCUGGGAAGACUGAAUCUGCAAUAGGUAAGCAGCUUGGUUUGAAGAAAUCAACUGUGGGAGCAAUUAUUAGGAAAUGGAAGACAUACAAGACCACUGAUAAUCUCCCUCGAUCUGGGGCUCCACGCAAGAUCUCACCCCGUGGGGUCAAAUUUAUCACAAGAACGGUGAGCAAAAAUCCCAGAACCACACGGGGGGACCUAGUGAAUGACCUGCAGAGAGCUGGGACCAAAGUAACAAAGCCAACCAUCAGUAACACACUACGCCGCCAGGGACUCAAAUCCUGCAGUGCGAGACGUGUCCCCCUGCUUAAGCCAGUACAUGUCCAGGCCCGUCUGAAGUGCAUUUGGAUGAUCCAGAAGAGGAUUGGGAGAAUGUCAUAUGGUCAGAUGAAACCAAAAUAUAACUUUUUGGUAAAAACUCAACUCGUCAUGUUUGGAGGACAAAGAAUGCUGAGUUGCAUCCAAAGAACCCCAUACCUACUGUGAAGCAUGGGGUUGGAAACAUCAUGCUUUGGGGCUGUUUUUCUGCAAAGGGACCAGGACGACUGAUCCGUGUAAAGGAAAGAAUGAAUGGGGCCAUGUAUCGUGAGAUUUUGAGUGAAACCCUCCUUCCAUCAGCAAGGGCAUUGAAGAUGAAACGUGGCUGGGUCUUUCAGCAUGACAAUGAUCCCAAACACACCGCCCGGGCAACGAAGGAGUGGCUUCGUAAGAAGCAUUUCAAGGUCCUGGAGUGGCCUAGCCAGUCUCCAGAUCUCAACCCCAUAGAAAAUCUUUGGAGGGAGUUGAAAGUCUGUGUUGCCCAGCGACAGCCCCAAAACAUCACUGCUCUAGAGGAGAUCUGCAUGGAGGAAUGGGCCAAAAUACCAGCAACAGUGUGUGAAAACCUUGUGAAGACUUACAGAAAACGUUUGACCUGUGUCAUUGCCAACAAAGGGUAUAUAACAAAGUAUUGAGAAACUUUUGUUAUUGAUCAAAUACUUAUUUUCCACCAUCAUAUGCCAAUAAAUUCAUUAAAAAUCCUACAAUGUGAUUUUCUGGAUUUUUUUUUCUCAUUUUGUCUGUCAUAGUUGACGUGUACCUAUGAUGAAAAUUACAGGCCUCUCUCAUCUUUUUAAGUGGGAGAACUUGCACAAUUGGUGGCUGACUAAAUACUUUUUUUCCCCACUGUAUGUGCUUCUUGAGCAGGGGGACCUUGCGGGCGCUGCAGGAUUUCAGUCCUUCACGGCGUAGUGUAUUACCAAUUGUUUUCUUGGUGACUAUGGUCCCAGCUGCCUUGAGAUCAUUGACACGAUCCUCCCGUGUAGUUCUGUGCUGAUUCCUCUCCGUUCUCAUGAUCAUUGCAACUCCACGAGGUGAGAUCUUGCAUGGAGCCCCAGGCCGAGGGAGAUUGACAGUUAUUUUGUGUUUCUUCCAUUUGCGAAUAAUCGCACCAACUGUUGUCACCUUCUCACCAAGCUGCUUGGCGAUGGUCUUGUAGCCCAUUCCAGCCUUGUGUAGGUCUACAAUCUUGUCCCUGACAUCCUUGGAGAGCUUUUUGGUCUUGGCCAUGGUGGAGAGUUUGGAAUCUGAUUGAUUGAUUGCUUCUGUGGACAGGUUUCUUUUAUACAGGUAACAAACUGAGAUUAGGAGCACUCCCUUUAAGAGUGUGCUCCUAAUCUCAGCUCGUUACCUGUAUAAAAGACACCUGGGAGCCAGAACUCUUUCUGAUUGAGAGGGGGUCAAAUACUUAUUUCCCUCAUUAAAAUGCAAAUCAAUUUAUAACAUUUUUAACAUGCGUUUGUCUGGAUUUUUUUUUGUUAUUCUGUCUCUCACUGUUCAAAUAAACCUACCAUUAAAAUGAUAGACUGAUCAUGUCUUUGGCAGUGGGCAAACGUACAAAAUCAGCAGGGGAUCAAAUAUUUUUUUCCCCCACUGUAUCUGUAAGGUUCCUCAGUCGAGCAGUGCAUUUCAAAUACAGAUUCCACCACAAGGACCAGGGAGGUUUUCCAAUGCCUCACAAAGAAAGGCACCUAUUAGUAGAUUGGUAAAAGUAAAAAAGCAGACAUUGAAUAUCCCUUUGAGCACUGUGAAGUUAUUAAUUACACUUUGGAUGGUGUAUCAUUACACCCAGUCACUACAAAUAUACAGGUGUCCUUCCUAGCUCAGUUGCCAGAGAGGACGGAAACCACUCAGGGAUUUCAUCAUGAGACCAAUGGUGACUUUAAAACAGUUACUGAAUUUCAUGGCUGUGAUAGGAGAAAACUGAGGAUGGAUCAACAACAUUGUAGUUACUCCACAAUACUAACCUAAUUGACAGAGGGAAAAGAAGGAAGCCUGUACAGAAUAAACAUAUUUUUAAAAAUCCUGUUUGCAUCAAGACACUAAAGUAAUACCGCAAAAAAAGUGUUGUGUUUGGGGCAAAUCCAAUACAACUGAGUACCACUCUCCAUAUUGUCAAGCACAGUGGUGGCUGCAUCGUGUUAUGGGUAUUCUUGUAAUCAUAAAGGACUGGGGAGUUUUUCAGGAUAAAAAAGAAAUGGAAUGGAGCUAAGCACAGGCAAAAUCCUAUAGGAAAACCUGGUUCAGUCUGCUUUCCACUAGACUCUGGGAGAUGAAUUCACCUUUCAGCAGGACAAUAACCUAAAACACAAGGCCAAAUCUACACUGGAGUUGCUUACCAAGGAGACAGUGAAUGUUCCUUAGAGGCCGAAUUACAGCCUAAAUCUACUUGAAAAUCUAUGACAAGACAAGAAAAGGUUUGUCUAACAAUGACCAACAACCAAUUUGACAGAGCUUGAAGAAUUUUGAAAAUAAUAAUGGGAAAAUGUUGUACAAUCCACGUGUGGAAAGCUCUCAAAGACUUACCCAGAAAGACUCACAACUGUAAUUGCAGCCAAAGGUGCUUCUACAAAGUAUUGACUCAGGGGUGUGAAUACUUUGUAGAUGAGAUAUGUAUUUCCUUUUCAAUACAUCUGCAACCAUUUCUAAAAACAUGUUUUCACUUUGUCAUUAUGGGGUAUUGUGUGUAGCUAAAGCUAACUCUCUCUCCUCUGCUCUUAUCCUUCUAGACCUAUCCGCUGCCUUUGAUACUGUGAACCAUCAGAUCCUCCUCUCCACCCUCUCCGAGUUGGGCAUCUCUGGCGCUGCUCACUCUUGGAUUGCGUCCUACCUGACAGGUCGCUCCUACCAGGUGGCGUGGCAAGAAUCUGUCUCCGCACCACGUGCUCUCACCACUGGUGUCCCCCAGGGCUCAGUUCUAGGCCCUCUCCUAUUCUCUCUAUACACCAAGUCACUUGGCUCUGUCAUAUCCUCACAUGGUCUCUCCUAUCAUUGCUACGCAGACGACACACAAUUAAUUUUCUCCUUUCCCCCUUCUGAUAACCAGGUGGCGAAUCGCAUCUCUGCAUGUCUGGCAGACAUAUCAGUGUGGAUGUCGGAUCACCACCUCAAGCUGAAUCUCGGCAAGACGGAGCUGCUCUUCCUCCCGGGGAAGGACUGCCCGCUCCAUGAUCUCGCCAUCACGGUUGACAACUCCAUUGUGUCCUCCUCCCAGAGUGCAAAGAGCCUUGGCGUGACCCUGGACAACACCCUGUCGUUCUCCGCUAACAUCAAAGCGGUGACCCGAUCCUGCAGGUUCAUGCUCUACAACAUUUGCAGAGUACGACCCUACCUUACACAGAAAGCGGCACAGGUCCUAAUCCAGGCACUUGUCAUCUCCCGUCUGGAUUACUGCAACUCGCUGUUGGCUGGGCUCCAGAACGCCGCAGCCCGUCUGGUGUUUGACCUUCCCAAGUUCUCUCAUGUCACCCCGCUCCUCUGCACACUCCACUGGCUUCCAGUUGAUGCUCGCAUCUACUACAAGACCAUGGUGCUUGCCUACGGAGCUGUGAGGGGAACGGCACCUCCUUACCUUCAGGCUCUGAUCAGACCUUACACCCAAACGAGGGCACUACGUUCAUCCACCUCUGGCCUGCUAGCUCCCCUACCUCUACAGAAGCACAGUUCCCGCACAGCCCAGUCAAAGCUAUUUGCUGCUCUGGCACCCCAAUGGUGGAACAAGCUCCCCCACGACGCCAGGACAGCGGAGUCACUGACCACCUUCCGGAGACACUUGAAACCCUACCUCUUUAAAGAAUACCUGGAAUAGUAUAAAGUCAUCCUUCUACCCCCCCCCCCCCCUCCCCCACCGCCCCAUAAAAAAAGAAGAAGAAAAAAGUGGUUGUCCCACUUGCUAUCAUAAGUUGAAUGCACCAAUUUGUAAGUCGCUCUGGAUAAGAGCGUCUGCUAAAUUAUGUAAAUGUAAAUGUAGAUGGAUGAGAAAAAAAAAUGUAAUCAAUUUUGAAUUCAGGCUGUAACACAACAAAAUGUGGAAUAAGUCAAGGGGUAUGAAUGCUUUCUGAAGGCACUGUAAGUAUACUGAACAAAAAUAUAAAUGCAACAUGUAAAGUGUUGGUCCCAUGUUUCAUGAACUGAAAUAAAAGAUCCCAGAAAUUUUCCAUAUGCACAAAAAUCUUAUUUCUCUCUAAUUUUGUGCACAAAUUUGUUAACAUCCAUGUUAGUGAGCAGUUCUCCUUUGCCAAGAUAAUCCAUCCACCUGACAGGUGUGGCAUAUCAAGAAGCUGAUUAAACAGCAUGAUCAUUACACAGGUGCACCUUGUGCAGGGGACAAUAAAAGGCCACUCUAAAAUGUGCAGUUGUCACAAAACACAAUGCCACAUAUGUCUCAAGUUUUGAGGGAGCUGUUGUCCCGGACAGCUUAUGAAACUGUGGGUUUGCACAACCGAAGAAUUUCUGCACAAACUGUCAGAAACUAUGUGCUCGUCGUCCUCACCAGGGUCUUAACCUGACUGCAGUUCGGCGUUGUAACCGACUUCAGUGGGCAAAUGCUCACCUUUGAUGGCCACUGACAUGCUGGAGAAGUGUGUUCUUCACGGAUGAAUCCCGGGUUUCAACUGUACCGGGCAGAUGGCAGACAGCGUGUAUGGCGUCGUGUGGGCGAGCGGUUUGCUGAUGUCAACAUUUUUAACAGAGUGCCCCAUGGUGGCGGUGGGGUUAUGGUAUGGGCAGGCAUAAACUACAGACAAUGAACACAAUUGCAUUUUAUCGAUGGAAAUGUUAAUGCACAGAGAUACCGUGACAAGAUCCUGAGGCCCAUUGUCGUGCCAUUCAUCCGCCACCAUCACCUCAUGUUUCAGCAUGAAAAUGCACGGCCCCGUCACAAGGAUCUGUACACAAUUCCUGGAAGCUGAAAAUAUCCCAGUUCUUCCAUGUCCUACAUACCCACCAGACAUGUCACCCAUUGAGCAUGUUUGGGAUGCGCUGGAUCGACAUGUAGGACAGCGUGUUCCAGUUCCCGCCAAUAUGCAGCAAUACAGCAAUACAGCCAUUGAAGAGGAGUGGGACAACAUUCCACAGGCCACAAUGAAGAGCCUGAUCAACUCUAUGGGUUGUGGGUUCGAUUCCCACGGGGGGCCAGUAUGAAAAAUGUACACCUGCUCUGUCAGAAGGAAUGGGCCAAAAUUCACCCAAUUUAUUGUGGAAGGCUACCUGAAACGUUUGACCCAAGUUAAACAAUUUAAAGGCAAUGCUACCAAAUACUAAUUGAGUGUAUGUAAACUUCUGACCCACUGGGAAUGUGAUGAAAGAAAUAAAAGCUGAAAUAAAUAAUUCUCUCUACUAUUAUUCUGACAUUUCACAUUCUUAAAAUAAAGUGGUGAUCCUAACUGACCUAAGACAGGGAAGUUUUACUAGGAUUAAAUGUCAGGAAUUGUGAAAAACUGAGUUUAAAUGUAUUUGGCUAAGGUGUAUGUAAACUUCCGACUUCAACUGUAUAUUAUGUUCUCUACUUGUCAGUGUUCCAAACGGGACAUUAUUUGUAUUUUUACCUAAACAUGCUAACACCAUCAGAUAGAAUUCAUAGCAAGCAGUGCACUGGAAUGACAUUCAGAUUAACUGGAAUUACAUUCAGUUUCAUGAGAUGGGUGGCCAAAAAUAACUAACUGAAAGCCACACACCCAAUAGGGCAUGAAAAUGCAAAAUGUUCAUUUCAAAAUGCCACAAUAUAGCCAAGCAAUACAUGUCACUGUUGCUUAUACUGUUGCAAAUAUAACCAAUCUAGUAAUUUGAGAGUGAGACACUUAAUUUCAUAUACCCUGAUAGAGCAACAUUCAUCAAGUUUGCAGAUGACACAACAGUGGUAGGCCUGAUUACCAACAAUGACGAGACAGCCUACAGGGCCCUGGCAGAGUGGUGGCAGGAAAAUAACCUCUCCCUCGACGUCAACACAACGAAGGAGCUGAUCGUGGACUUCAGAAGACAGCAGAGGGAGCAUGCCACCAUCCAAAUCGACAGGGCAGCAGUGGAGAGGGUGAAAAAGCUUCAACUUCCUCUGGUCCAUCCACACAAAGUUUGCCUCUUCAACUUCAGGAGGCUGAAGAAAUUUGUCUUGGCCCCUAAGACCCUCACGAACUUCUACAAAUGCACCAUUGAGAGCAUCCUGUUGGGCUGUAUCACCGCCUGGUACGGCAACUGAACCGUCCGCAACCGCAGGGCUCUCCAGAGUGUGGUGCGGUCAGCCCAACGCAUCAACAGGUGGCACACUACCUGCCCUCCAGGACAUCUACAGGAAGGCCAAGAAGAUCAUCAAGGACCUCAGGCACCCGAGCCAUGGCCCAAAUAGGGCUAUCUUCUGUAUACCUCCCCUACCUUGUCACAACACAACUGAUUGGCUCAAAUGCAUUAAGAAGGAAAGACGUUCCACAAAUUAACUUUGAAGAAGGCACACCUGUUAAUUGAAAUGCAUUCCAGGUGACUAUCUCAUGAAGAUGGUUGAGAUAAUGCCAAGAGUGUGAAAAGCUGUCAUGAAGGCAAAGGGUGGCUAUUUGAAUAUAUAAAAUAAAUGUUGAUUUGUUUAACACUUAAGUUACUACAUGAUUCCAUAUGUGUUAUUUCAUCGUUUUGAUGUCUUCACUAUUAUUCUACAAUGUAAAAAAUAGUAAAAAAAAAAAAAAAAAAACUUGAAUGAGUAGGUGUGUCCAAACUUUGGACGGGGUAGUGUAUUUAACGUCAUUACGUCGCACGACGUCACCACGUGAUCUCUGUCACUGUGUUGGAAUGGCUUCCUGUAUCUUCUCUUUUUCACGCGCUCUAAGAACAUGGAUUACAGUUUACCUCUAUUAAACCCUUUUUUUUAAAACUACCAUAGAAGAGGCAAUACACCUAGAGAAAGAUACAGCGCAAUACAGAAACGGAAAAGAGAAACCUUCAAUACGAACUUAAUAUGUUCUUAUUCCAGUUACCAGAGGUUGUUCUCUACCACAUUAUGUCAUAUUUGGAAUACAAGUCUUUGAGUCGCCUUUCUCAAGUUUGCACAACAAUUUACCAUUUUGCAAAUCGUGACGCCGUAUGGAGGAAGAUAGCAAAAGAGUUCAUCAACACUGGAAUUACACGACAAGGAGCUGAUGUGUAAGAGAUACAUUUUUUAUUCGUACAGUAAGUAAGCUACAGUGGUCGAUUCAGGAUAAGCAUCAUGACUUCCCCAGAGUUGUUUACAUAUAUCUCCACGCGGCUUGCUACAGUUGGUGCCAUUCACACCGCUAUCAUCCUUGAUGCAAAAUUAUGCAACACUGUAGCAUGUAGUGCAUGGGCUAUAAUUUUUCAGUAUGGUGCCCCAGGAAAACGUUUCUGUGUUGUAAAAAUGCAUGCAGAUAGCCUCGUGGUUACUUGCUAUAGAUAUCUGAACGGCGUUUACAAAUAAGUUGUAGCUGCAUAAUAACACAUUCCUUAUUGCACACAGUCAUGCUGCUACAUAAUGCUGGGAAUAAUAUUCUCGGCCAAUGACUGCAGUUAUGUUGACAUGACGACACUGUAUUUCAUGAUACAUUCAUUGUAAGAAAUAGAAAUAACCUAUUUCCCACUUGCUACUGUGGAAGCCCUGAGUCUGACUGAGUGGUCUAGAAACACUGGUCUAGAGAACCUAACAUUGUGAAUUGGACCUGAGCCAUUCUGGCAUCACUGCCUUCUCCACCAGCACAGCUCCCUAUGCCACAUUGACAGCCACUCUAAUCAAACCUUUGAGAUGCAGCCUAACGCCAGUGUAAAUACACUUUAUAAUCCUGCGGAGUGCUACAGGAUACCACAGCCCUCAGCUCUGUGAGAGAAGCAGGCUGUUUCCUCCAGCCCACAUCCACCCCCUCUGGCACAGGCCUCCUGAACACAUGCGAACACAUAUGCUACUGUUCUGGACGACAGUGUUGGGUUCAAGUCCGACAAGUAUCUUUCUAGCAGCUUUUAUCCCCUCUAGUUCCUCAGUGCAUAAUGCAUAUAAACAAUAUGGUUCUGUUUGAGGCGUCCCACUAUUCCUUGUGAUAUUCAAAUCAUAUCAGCAAAUAUACAGCAUGCAAUGCUGUAAUUCUAAGCCUUUUGGGCAUUGUUUGUGUGCAUUGUCUGUUCGGAGGUCAUACUUAUGUUGUGUUCUUCAGGGGUUAUAAUUGUGUUAUCACAUCACUAUCCAUGUUACAGGUAUCCCCACAUCCCGCUGAAGGACAGAGUGAAGGUAUCUCAGAACUGGUGCCAUGGGAUCUGCAGAAAGGAAGUCAUGCUCAAAUGGAGGAUUAAGUGAGUGUGUUUGUGAGUUUUGGCCUCAUGGCACAACAGUGUAGAUUCAGGAGUUUCCGUAAUCCAUCUCAUCUCUUGCCCCACUGAACACACGACAGGAAUUGGCAGGUGAAAGUUUAGGGAGAAAAAAUUGCCAAAGAGCUCCUGUAGAGUUAUUGUUAGUUUGUUUUUAUAAAGCUAUAUUCAAGUAAAAGGUAUUAAACAUUAAGGUGUUAAUUUCUUUUUUAAAUGGUUGCUGAAUAGCUUAUGGUUCUAGAUGUUGGGACUGAAAAGCUCAUUUGGAGUACCAGUAAGCACUAUCCAGAGAGUCAAUGGUUGGCUUACUGUCUAUCCCUUCUGGUUGUGCCAUUGACAAGGUUUCAACUAGAGAGAGGAUCAUUCUCUCCUUUUAGUCAUUGUGACAACUCAAUCCGUGAAGUCUGAAGUGAGGUGUAGAAAAACAUAUGUCUGAGUAAUUUCCAUUAUUUGAUUGUGUGUUCCCCCCACAGCUUGUUGCCAUGGAUACAGCUGGACGGGGAUGUGCUGUAUCUGUCUCAGGCUGCAGACAUCGGAGCGUACCAUCUGAGGCCGGACACGGGGAGGCUGCAGCGCAUCCCCAUGGCUCUGUUCUCAGGACACCAGGAAGACGUGUGUCGAUUUGCUGUGACUGACACACACCUCGUUAGUGGAGGAAGGUAAUCAGCAGUAAUUACCUUUACUCAAACUCCUGAAAGAAAUAAUAUCAGGGGUUGAAAUUCAGUCCAUCAUUUUGCUUCAAUACUCACUUGCCAUUCUUGCUGUGAUCAUGCUUCGACUAAAGGUCAUAGAAGCAUCAUCAGUACUGCAGACCCACGGCCAUAGAAAAACACUCUCAGUCAAAUAUAUCAUAUUCCACUUAAUGUACUCAUGUCUGUUAUAGUGAACCAUUAUCUGUCUCUUUCAGUGAUGGUAAGAUCCUGGUGCACCACAGGAGGAAUGGGUCCUCUAUGGAGUACUCAGGUCACAACCAGGAGGUGAAUUGCCUGGACUGCAGAGGAGGACUGAUUGUCAGCGGCUCCAGAGACAGAACAGCCCGGGUGAGACACACUAAUAUGCUAGCACCCAAUGUGUCAAUUUGUUUAGAUGAUACUGGCUGACAUAGAGCUCCACUUUAGUGUCACAUUCGGUGGCAACCAGAGUGUGUGUCAAAUGCAAACUUGGCAAAUAAAUUGAAAUCAUAAACUCUGUGUGUUCCACCCUGGCUACAUUUACACAGGCAGCCCAAUUCUGAUCUUUUUUUGACUAAUUGGUAUUUUGACCAAUCAGCUCUGAACAAGAGCUGAUGUGAAAAGAGCUGAUGUGAUUGGUCAAAAUACCAAUUAGUGGGAAAAAUAUCAGAAUUGGGUUGCCUGUGUGAAUGCAGCCUCUGUGGCAUAUUAGGGUGUACUGUCAACCACAGACAACUAUGAUUUUUAUUGCAUUUACAAUGGUUUUAAUGUUAGUCUUUUCUUAAUGUUUUCUUUUAGAUUUGGACUUUGUCUUCCAACUUCCCCAGAGACACGAUCCCUAUGAACGACAGGGUGUGGUCUGUGGCUAUUAGUCCCACACAGAGGUACGUAACGUACAUGCCUAGAAUGUCCCAAAACAGUCAGACCGCUACACUAACAUCAUACAUGAGUGCACAGAAGGUAGAGUCCUGCCCCCUCAGGACAACCCCCAUGGGUCAGUACAACACCCUGACUUCAGUUGUCAGCCACCGAUUUGGGUUUGGGUGAUAGUUGAGGUUGGGGCUAGAUGAACCCGAGCGGUGGGUUCAUUGUCCUCUGUCACUGAAAAGGACCAUAUUUAUUUCCCUCAGGUGGUCUGGCGAACAGUGAAAGAGGGAUUGAGAGAGGUGAAAAAACAGGAUAUCAAGGCAAAGCGGGGUUGCCUUCAUAGGCCCUUUGAUUGCUCAGCCAUGUAGCUAUACACCCACACACUUAAUGAUGCUCACACACACAAAAGCACACACACACACACACACACACACACACACACACAGAGACACCCUUAAUGACACACUGACGCACAAGGCUGUUACAGUAUCCCUGCUUCGCCACCUGCCCCAGACCGGCAGGCAGCUGAUCCGUCAAACUGGCCUUAAAUCCGCAGCAGAGUGGAAACACCAUGAGUCACAGCCACAAAGAGCAGCUCUCCUUGGCUGACAGGUCCCUGGUCAACUCUGUUCAAUUCAGGCAAUCAGAGACACCCAUCAUCUUCUGGGUGGAUUGUUCAUGCAUUAUAUUUCCAUGAAUUGACUGGAAUUGAAUUCGGGUAGACCUGGAAGACAGACUGUAGUGAGUGGCUGUUUCUGCUCAUUGACCCCUGCCAUACACUCAUUCGGUAUAAACUCAACUUCACACACACACUUUUCUUGUAGGAACACACACAGCCACAGAUAGUAUGAACUCACUCGCUCUCUCUGUCACACACAUGAACACUCCUUCAGUAUAUACUACACUCACACAGACACACACACUCAUGUUGAGCCCCGGUGCCUCUGUCUGCUCAGCCAGGACUUCAGAUCUGAGAGUACGGGCGAUUAUCCACAUCAUUAAUUCUCCAAUUUGCUGGCCGUGCCUCAGCCUGCUGCCCCCUGAUAAUGGACCUGCUCUUUCCACACACUGACCAAUGUCCUGGUUAAUUAAUAGACCCCUGGAACCGAGGUGUCAACUCACUGACAAACCUAUAAACCCACCUAUCCCCUUGCAAACUCAUCACUCCUGGAGCUAGGGGGAGACAAGGAGAGAGAUGUCAUAUCUUAGUCAGUGCUUAGUCAAAUAUUACAUGUGAUGGUACCGCCAAUUAAUUUAAAAUGAUUGCAUGACACAGGUCUCGUUAAUAAGGAAAUGUCUCAAAAUCAAUCUAAUAACCUAGCUCUUUAUGGUACAGCUUUCCACUCUACCAACUGUGUCGCAUGACCCAGGUGUUAUCGUUUACCCAUUAAGGAUCAGUUAGUGGCAUUGAACGUUUUGUUUUAUCUUGUUUUAAAGGACAGUUGAAAGCGACACGGAGCAAAAUGGUGGAUGCAGCAUGUUUUUUAUUUGGGGGGGAAAGGGAGAGAAAGGGAGCCCAUUGUGUUUUAAAUGUAAUUGUCUCUGCUUCACGCUCAAGGAAUCUAAAGAGUAGAGAGAGAGGGGGCAGCUGGUGGGCAGCCCACCAUGCUAUCUCCCACAGCCCACCAUGCUAUUGCUAACGUGGCAAUGCCAUGCUGUAGUGUUGACAUCAAAAAUAUAAUUUCCCCCUCCCCGGAAAAGAGCCAAAUAACAUAUUGGUCCAUAUUAUCAGGCAGGUGUGCUAUUUAGUCCCGUGUAGCUCAGUUGGUAGAGCAUGGCGCUUGCAAUGCCAGGGUUGUGGGUUCGAUUCCCAUGGGGGGCCAGUAUGAAAAUGUAUGCACUCACUAACUGUAAGUCGCUCUGGAUAAGAGCGUCUGCUAAAUGACUAAAAUGUAAAAUUUAGCAAUAAAAGGUGGAGCCCACCUGAUGCAGCAUAGUCACUAUAAAUAAAUAGGCUGAGGGUUGACCAUCUGCAUUUACCCUAUUGGGCUACAUUUACAUUUACAUUUUAGUCAUUUAGCAGAUGCUCUUAUCCAGAGCGACUUACAGUUAGUGAGUGCAUACAUUAUUUUUAUUUUUCAUACUGGCCCCCCGUGGGAAUCGAACCCACAACCCUGGCGUUGCAAACGCCAUGCUCUACCAACUGAGCUACAUCCCUGCCGGCCAUUCCCUCCCCUACCCUGGACAACGCUGGGCCAAUUGUGCGCCGCCCCAUGGGUCUCACGGUCGCAGCCGGCUACGACAGAGCCUGGAUUCGAACCAGGAUCUCUAGUGGCACAGCUAGCACUGCGAUGCAGUGCCUUAGACCACUGCAUCGCUACACGAAUCAUUAGCUAGAUCACAAAGUCUAAAGGAUUGAAAUAAACCCAACCCAAGGGAAACUGUUACGGUACCCUUCAUUCCAUGACAUACAAUUUUUUCCUAUCAUCUCGCAAAUCGCCGUUUUGUACGAGACUGACUUUAAGACCAAAAUGUUGACUCAUAUCGAUGCCACAUAGGCCAUUUUCAAAAAGAGAAGUUGCUUUUUAGAGGCAGUCGCUCUUUAGAACUCUCUCCGCCCCAUGGCAAAAUGUGUAGAAUUGCAGGAAAUUAGAUUUAAAAUCCAGUCUUAGACUUGACUCUGAAAGGGACACUUACUCCCCAACCCUCCACCAAGACUACACAUUAGAUAUGAGGACUUGCAGUAUUAGUGAGCGAGGAUGAGGGUGGACAUGGGUCCAAAUACUGGCCUUUCCACUCUCCCACCAUGUCUCCAUCUGUCUUUCUCUCUUCUUCUCUCUCUCUUUCCCUUUCUCACCCUCUCUUUCCACUCUUGGUACAGUUUAUUUGAAUUAUAAGGAAGCAGGCAGGUGGUUAAUAGUUGACUGAGGUGUUUCCUGCAGAUAGGCAUGGGCCAACAAGACCGGACAGGUUGAGGGGCGCUGGAGCUGCCGUGGCAGGUCACACUGUUCAACGGGAGAGAGCAUGUCGUCACGACUGAUUGGAUUUCCUACCAUAUGUUAUUUUAUUGAGUGAUGAUGCUGUUUAUUGCUGCUGUAUUGCUCCUCUGUAGGAAGAGUAAGAAAAUGGUCUAGGAACAAUGUAAUGAAAGCUAGGGUUCUCCCUCCUAGGGAAUUCUUGCCAUUGUCACCUGUGCGUUUUCAUUGUGUGUUUAAGUCUGACACUUUGUGACAAAUAGAGGCUAUUUGAAAAACUGCAGCCAUACAAAUGCAAUUUGAUAAAUUGAUUGACUGGAACUCUGGUGUUAAUCGGAUAACUGGGUGAUUCUCAUGAAACCAGUUUUUAACAUGUCUGUAGCAAAUUGCGUUACAAAACCAUGAUGCAUCUGCAAAGAUCAACCAUCAUUCUGAGGACUAAGAUGUCUAGUUUUUGGAAAAGUGUCUUAUUCUAAAUACAUUUUACAUUUUUGACCUUUUCGCCCCAAAUUCUCAUUACCGAAAUGCGUCCGGAUUAAAUUCUCGGGUAAUUUUAUACAAUUUUACUUAAGAAAAAAUGUUAUACUAGUUGAAGUUUACAUUAAACUAUACUAUUUAUUACAUACAAACACAGUCUGUGGACAUGUCUCAUUACCGUAACACUUUUUCAAGUUCCUGUAAAAACUCCAAUCAGUUUUUAAAAAAAAGUUUGAUUCACCCAUGAUGCAUAAUCUAGAGGAGUUGUAGAAGUGAAGUUAAUUUAUUCGCUUCUAUGCCUUCAGAAUGAGGUUCUUAUUCUCAAACACCCCAUUUUACCCCACUUGGCCUUCUCAUUACUGAAAUGGCUAAAAAGCUCAAAUUGGGAAAAAGUCUGAUUUAAUUUUAUAAUACAAUUUUAAAUAUUUGUAUUUUCAGUGUUACGUUUAACUCAGGCCUUUUCAUUAGGGGAGCAAUGUUAAAAAAUGACACUUGAGAAUUUUUGGAUCAAAUGUCAGUUUUGUGAGAACGACCCAACUGUAUUUCCAUAAGAGAGUCGCCACAAAAGCUGUCACUCACACACCCAGAGGAUCACCUGUGUGCAUGUGUUACAGGGUUAGCAGCACGGGAUAGCCAAUAACAGACCACUCCAAAGAACCAAUUAGGGUUUGACGCUCAGUGUCAAAGAGCCUAUGACAUCAAUCCAUUUCUCAGUGCAAAAUGUAGUUACACAAUGUAUGUCGGCAAGAUUGGGGGGGAGGGAGGGGGGUUUAUACUGACCACUCGUAAAGGGGAGGGGGCUGGAAGCUACUGGAGGGAGAAGCUACCCUGAGGAGAGGUGAGAAAGGGGCGCUUUUUCGGGGUUUGUUUUGUUUAGAAUUCCUCAAGCACAACUACAAAGAUGUUGCAGGGGCAAUGCCUUUGAAAGUUUCCAAAGAAAAUGAUUGUUGGAUAAACCGGCCCGAUUCGCCACUUUCUCACCCCGGAGGGAGGCUGACCUCUGACCUCUAGUAUCAAAGUACAGGGAGACGCCCCCUCCAGCCCCCCCCCCCCACUCCAAUUUCACCCCCACUGCUCUGCCGCACUCAACCGCAAGAAAAAGCCUGAAAUUCAUGUCUUUCUCUUUCGUCUCUCUCAGGCUGGGUCUGUGGCUCAGGAGUCAAGAAUUCAAUUAGUUAAAAAAAGAGAAGAAAAGAGAGAGGCUGCAACAAUGCAGCGAUAAGGGGCAGAAUGUGCGUUCCCACACGCUAAAUACAGGGCGCUUUCUCUGGGGCCCACAGAGCCGGAGGACCCGCACUGCAGGAGGCAAGAAUAAUCACAGCUCCGCUGAACCACUCAUUACACACACACACACACACACACACCUGACACCCACAUUCCACAGACAUACGGUACCUCAGAUUUACACACAGGUACUCCUAAGCUACUUCAAACACACCCAUGUGCACACCUCAUGCACAUACACACACGCAUACACACACACACACACACUGCUCAAAGUCAUUUUACAGACACAUACACAUACUAGCACCUCAUACAUACCUGACAAACACACACAUACACACCUCACACAGGCCUCUCAUUACACACCACCUCAUACAGGUGUUCCUGGGGUUCACUUGCUCUAUCUGAGAGACUAGACUUGCGGUUCAAUGUACAGAAUGGAAACAGCACUACUCGUGGUCUACAUCAUGGCAUACUUUGGGUUAAUGAUACAACUGCCCAGUCUACAUGGGUUGGUAUAUCGGAUUCUGUUAUUUCAUUAAUUAAUUGCGUUCUAUCAACAUUGAAAUAUCCCUCUUCUCGUUGAUGGUCUAGGUUUAAUUGAUUGUUUGUUGAAAGCAUUGACGUUUGUUUUCUCUCUUGCACACAGACAUCAAUUUGCCAACCUGGUUCAAUGGUCAAUUGAAUGGAUGUUAGUUCUAUGAACCAGUAUCCUAAUGACUGUCACUCCUUUCAUGUUUCUGAGUGAGAAGAAGAUGAGUGACAAGGUCUCUGAUCAUUCAAGGGAACCGGAGCUGAGCUGACACAUACCACAAUGAAUGAAUCCUCAUUUGUGUCUGUCUAUUGGUCCUCCCUUGCUUAGUUGGUAGAGCAUAGCUCAGUUGGUUCGAUUUCCGGGACCACCCGGACGUAAAAUGUAUGCAUGCACGAUGACUGUAAGUCGCUUUGGAUAAAAUAGUCUGCUAAAUGGCAUAGUCUAUUGUUGUAAAACAUUAUAGAAAUCCACUAUACUAAUAAUCGGCAUCAUCUGAACUUUAAUGUUUAGCUGUUGUUAGUUGGAGGAUAGCCGUUAGUAUAGCGAGACUGGAUGGUGUUUUGUGUUUUCAAUACAUGGUGGCGAGCCGUUCUGUUCCGUUCCAGCCGGCUGAGCAGAGCAGCGCAGAGGGGUUGUGUGUGGAAUGUCCUGGUGCUGUCCUGGUGACCUCAGACAGAGGGGACACAAACAGAAGCCAAAAGGGCCAAGAGGGGGGUAUGGGAGUUGGGGGGGCAUAGGGGGGCUUUUGGAGAGCAGAGGGGGGUGUGGUGUAGGGUGGGUCUGGGCGAGCCCCUGCCAUUGUCCCCCUCCCGGCUGAUAUAAAAGCAUCAUAACCCUUUGAGCUCAGACAUAUUUAGAGAGCAGAUAAAAGCACUUUUUACAAACUAGAUACACGGCGGGCACAAAGCCGGGGGUCAAGCGCAACAAAUUAACAACCUCUUUUGCCUAGAGGGGGGGAGGAGGGAGGAGGAGGGGGGCAGGGGGCAUAGCUAAAUCGCCCCUGGAGUCCAUCGCCAUGCCUCUACAUUCCCAGCGCCUGCAUGGGUCUGGGUUCAUCUCUGCUAUUUAGCCUAUUCUUCUGUAAUUGGCUGGGGCUUAGUUUAGAUAAAUGGUGACUUACUUGUUUUGUUUGGAGUAUUCUUUUUCAUGCGAUAGGUUUGGGUGGGAUUCUUUGAAUUUCACGAAAGUGGUGCCAAUCCUUUACAUCUUUGGCAAUGGUGAAAGGAUUGGAGUCAGGUCAAAUGUAACAUUUUAUUUUGUCAGAUAGCCACAUAUCCCAUUUUAAGCAGUAAGCUUCACUUUUUUGUAUUUUGAAAUAAGCUUCACUUUUCUAUUUUGCCAUAAGCUACAAUAGUGCCAAGGAGAAAUUAAACUAACAGUGUGUAUCUGUUUCCCUUGUCUCUCAGAAGAAUAAACAUUGCAAGACUGGAGUGUAGUUGUUCCAUUUGGUGACAUACAGCUGUUUAGGUAGUAAGCUGAAAGUCCUACACAUGGAAAUUGUAUACUUUUGUAGUGACUAGUGAUGCAAGCCAAAUGCUAAAGCCACACUGGUGGCUUAGAAUGUGCAGCCCGACACCAAAGAACACCACUAACCCACAGAACUGUAGAAUGAACAUAUCAUUAGAACACUGAGUCAAAUGCUGCUUCCUAAGUCCAUACAUUUACUUUAUGGUGUUUAUGACACAAAAUGUACUUUAAGCAUUUUUAUGUGUUUGACUUUCAGACAUGUAAGAUGUUACUUUUUUAUUUCUAAGGAAAAAAAUCGGAGUAUCCUCUUAACUGAGAAAUAAUUCUCAUAACAUUUAAUUUGUUUGAAUAGAUUCCUAGACCAGGCUGUUGUUCAGUUCUUUGUUAGGAAACUAAAAGUGAUUUUGGGACUGAGAAUUGGGAUGGGUUAACAGAAGUGGAGCGUUUGCGGUGGUCUUGGGAAAGCGUGGAGCGCCUUGUGCGGUCAGCUUGUUGAUUUGGAGCUAACAAUGUUGGUACUGUUGGGCUCGUCUCCCAGCAGGGGCUCAGUGUGCGUGUGCACGUGCUCGUGCCUCUGUGUUUCUGUCUGUGUGUAAUUAUGUGUGUGCUUGUCUGCUUAUGUGUGAUAUUGUGUGUGUGUGUGUGUGUGUGUUAGUUUGGCUGGGUUCCCAAUGGGAGCUGAGUUAGUUUGUGUGACCCUGCCACACAGCCCCUUAGAUAAUGCAGCCAGCUGAUGAGGUUACCCAAACGCAGCAGAGGCCCAGCAUGUCCUUAUAAUGAGGAGUGGACUGGGAAGGAGAGGGAGAAGGGUGGGGGGGCUACAGAGAUGGGGAUGCGCUAUGUGACGAUUUCAGGAUGGGGUGGUAGUAGCAUCUCAGGGAGGUGAUUGGGGGUGAGGGGUUUUAGGGAGGGGGCACCUGUCCCACAUCAGGCGAGAGAGGCUUUGACCUUAGCAGCUAUAAUAUCAGUGAGUGAUCUGACCCUAGAUCAGGCCAGUGCUCGAGGGGACAGAACCGGUUCAUUGUAUGUCUGUGCUGUGUCCCCCCUUCCUCCCUCAGCAGAGCAGAGCCCAGUGAGGGGUGAGUAAUGUGAGUAAUGGAGAGUAAUAAGGGCCAGGCAGCGAGUGUGACCUUAACCCUAUUGUAUCCUGUGUCACCAGGGGUCAGAGGUCAUACUCGCUGAGGGCCUGCCGCCCUGAUUGGACCAAAUGAGUUUACCCAACACUAAUUAACGGGGGCUUCGCUAACGGGCCUCUCCGCUUAACGGGCCUGACAGCUGCCCCUGUGCCUCAGUACACCCCUCCUGUGCCCCGCUCACGCCCCUCGUUACCCCUGUCUCAACGCCAAAGCGCCUCCACGCCACCCUUACCCCAUUGCCAACCCACCCAGCCGUCAGAGGAAGAAACGCCAACCAAACCACCCACCACUGCUUCAACACAGUUAUCUAUCUCUGUGCUUCUCUCUGGCUAGUCUAUUCCUCUGUUUUUCAUUUGCGAUCUGCCGUGUUUGCUUGAGAUUGUGUGCGAAAGCAGUUGAUACUGAAACUGUGAAGUAAAAUGGAAAAAUAGUAAAUGAAUAAGUGGUACAAAAUAAAUAAAAAAGAUAAUCAAAUGGUGGUUGUGCCCCAGGGUGUGCUGGACCUCCCCCUGUCAGUCAAAUCUGCAGGAGGCCCUAAGCCUGAGACCAGGGCAGAGCCCAACAGAAGCCCCCCUACUGCCCCUCUCCCCUUGGGUCCACCCCACCCUCUACACAGACCCUACUACACCCCUCCACCCCGUCCUCUCCUCUCCGUUCACCCCUGUCCCUCCCAUGCAUCACCAUGCAUACCUAGGCCACUACUUCCGACCUGUCAGUCCAAUCAAAGGAGCACAAGUGUUUUAGUUUCUCCUCUUUUCUUCUUCCCCACUGAAACAAUAAAUGUGUGUCUCUGACCGGAGACUGUUGAGGGUGUCACACUUUAGCUUUGCUGUUUGAGGUGUCUCAGUAUUCCCAGUUUUCCUAAACGUUCCUCUGUUGUCUCAUCCACAGCUCCUUUGUGACCGGCACGGCCUGCUGUGAGAACUUCUCUCCUCUGCGGAUCUGGGAUGUUGAAAGGUAACUAACUACACAACACACACACAGAUACACACUCCACUGACCCUCAUCCUCCACCAGUAGUAUUCCUACCAACCCACUUCUUUCCAACCCAAGUAUUCCAAGACCUCCCAUCCUAGCCCAUCUGUCAGUAUAACUGAUCACGGCAGUGAAAGUGGAACCUGGCUGUAAUGAUAGUUGUUGUUUCAUCAACCCGUCUAAAAGCCUUUGCUUUGGGAAGUUCAAAGGGGGGCUGGGAGAAUUCCUUGCACUGAAAGCCCAAGCUUAAACCUGAUACAGCCCUGACAGGCCGCUGUAAUUCCCAGCUUUACCUGCCGAAUUAAACCUUCUGUCACGUCCCGGGCUGGACAGAGAAAGGCGCUUCCUGCUCCAAAUGACAUGGACAUUUGAGCUGGGGAAACAGGGGGGAAGGGAGGGGUUAUUUGUGCGUUGCAGGUGUUCCGAAAAUAUAUUGACACAGUUACAAUGUGUACCAGUGCUCGUUCUUGCUAGAAAACAUUAACAACAUGCUCUUGUGUAGUAUGUACAUGUAGUAUAGUAUUCAGGUAUUGUUGUUUUGUGUUUUUUUCUCAGCUUAGGAGUAAAUAUUUUAAAUCCCAGUCCUGUAAAAUUGGAUAUCUUUACUGUAGUAUGAUGAUUGGCACCAGUGGCCUGGCUGAUCUGUUUUCCCCCAUUGUGACUUCAUGUCUGGUAAUCAGCUGAGGUAAACAAAGUAGUCUGGGAGACGACAGGGCACAUACUGUACACCGAUAAGGGCAUGGUGAGGGUUAUGGGGGCACUCUGUGUAUCUGUAACUGUCUCUUAUUUCCCAUAUCUCAGAUGCACACACACACACACACACAGCACCCCCCCAGACCAUGACAAUCCCCCCCCACACAUAGAAAACACAUUCAACCUCUCCAGACCCACCACCAUCACGAUCCACCCCCCUCCACCCCAACCUAAGACUACCAGCAGCAGCCCAACCCUGUGCAUUAGUGUGACCACACUCCCUUUGACAGCAGACACAUCAGAGAGAAAAGAUCACAACCAAGACACUGUUACACCUGCAGCACCAAACAUAGCUAGUAAAGCAGCUGAAUGCAUCAGGAUCUGAACAAGACAGGAACCACAACAUAUUGCUGAUUCCAGGAAUGACUUGUCAUCCGAUGGUGGAAAAUAGUGGCACAGGAUGUGACUGAGAUCAAAGAUGCUGAUGCUCAAGUCAUGGACUGCCACUUUCUUUAAGAAAAGAGGUGGAGAAAUAUAGAUGGAGAGAAAGGGAGAAAAAAGGUGAGAGGAAAGGGGACAGAGGAGAGAGGGAGACUGGGGGAGGAAGAGAGGUAGUUCUGUGUUCUGUCUAUUACAAUGGUAGGUAUGAUUUAUGUGAUUCAUCUAGUUUCACAAAACAACAAUUUUACUAUUUUUAUUAUUUUUCUAGAAAUCGUGACCUGAAUGAAGCAUGUCCUUGUUUUAUGACAGACCUGUCGUCAUUCUAUAACAGGCUCAUUAAAAAUCAGUUGCUCUUUGUUGACCCUUCUAAGUGUUGCCAUGUAAAACCUUCCCACUUAUGUGGGGCAAAGGAACCUUAACCAUUCACCCAUUGUGGCUUUAAUUUUAAUUUAACACAUUUAUUUUCUCUCCCAUUGCAAUUAAUUCUGUGUCUUUUUCAUCUCGAUGGCACAAAGCCUAUGAUCACCCAUACAGAAGGAUCCCACACAAGUGGCGUUUUCGAGCGCACCCCAACUUUUCAUGGUGCCUUCGCUCAUGGAUAAACAGGAAAAAAAGCAUCAAAGAACCCCAACCAUCGCUCCAAGAUUCCGUCAAAGGGUCCCCAAAUUUGCCUGGCAGAUUCCUGGCAUUCCGCUCUGAAAAGCGGAGUUUAAAUGUCUGCGUUGGGAGUUUGCUCUGUUAUACAAAUUGCAUGGGCAUUGUUUUUGGAGAGAACGCGUAUGACAUUUAAAGGUGGCCAUUGUUCCGUCCGUACAUUCCUGCCCAGUUCUGUGUCCCGCGGUUCUCCCAGCUCCGGGGCUAAAUUAGGUGGACGUGCAGCGGGUUGCGUGGCUCCCUGAGUCCCCACUGUUUUUUUAGGGUCUGAAAACCCCAGCAGGACUCUUUCUCUACCUGUCUGACAUCCUUUCAGAGGAGUUUCCCAGGGCGGACGUCCCCAGGCCCAGUUUAGACUCCAGACUUAACCUUACAAGAGCUCCCCCACCCAUACUGCUUUUCUAUAGCCCCCCGACACCAAGAGAGAAUGCCCUUAGCUUCUCCUGUUUAAAAGUCUGUCAAUUCAUUAAUGGUUCCUUUCACAAACUGGGUGGGUGUAUGUGUGCGAGUGUGUGUGGCCCGAAAGCCAACCUGACUCCUGCAGUGAGACCAGACAGGCUUAAAUCAGGACUGACUAAUACUCCCUGUGUAUCACAGACAGUCACUACUCUCAUAACAGUCAGUCAGUCCCCCCUAUGGCGGAUAGUCAACUCACCUUCCAAAAUCAAUUCAGUGUUGGGCUUCAUUUAUCUCAAAUCCUCACUAUUUAUUAACAGCAAACCAGGGCAUUCAAUAUUUUAUUUCAGUCGAAUUUCAGUUAAUUUCCUCAAUUGACUGGGAAUGUGAUUCGUCUCAUGUCAACCCCAUAUCACAGCUAGUUAAGUCCCACAUUCUGGCUCAUCCAGGGUCAGUAGCACUAGCUACUCUGAAGUUUGAGGGGGGUCACAGUCACAGAACGUUCCCACUCUCCACUCUCUGGGGUAUACUGGCCAUGUGAUCUAUUUUGCAGGUUUCACGUCUCCAAGUAAGGGUCUCCAAGUGACCCUUACUUGUCCAAACCCCGUCCAAAUUGUAGACAUCACCCUUGGCGACAUGCAAUCAUUUGCUCCUUUUUUUGUUUAGCACUUGCACCUUUUGUAUUUUCUCGAGCAUGGAUUAAAUUAACUAUAUUUUUGCAUCUCGGCCUCCUUGAGUUUUUCCUUUUCAUGGUUUGAGUGCAAGUACCUUUUCUGUACAGAUAUUUUUUCUCUCACGCACCAGCCACCAUUCAUCCUAGGCUGAACGCAAACCCUCAUACUGGCGUUCGACAUGCAAUCAGCAACAGAAUUGUAACUAACUUGUAGUAAAUAGGACCUGUUUUUAUGGAUCUAGUAGCAUCUUUAAAUAAAACAAAUUAUAUACCACUUUCUGGUGUAUGAUGGAGUCCUAGCUACAGUGGCUUGCGAAAGUAUUCACCCCCCCUUGACAUUUUUCCUAUUUUGUUGCCUUACAACCUGGAAUUAAAAUAUAGAUUUUUGGGGGGGUUUGUAUCAUUUGAUUUACACAACAUGCCUACCACUUUGAAGAUGCAAAAUAUAUUUUUUUGUGAAACAAACAAGAAAUAAGACAAAAAAACUGAACUUGAGCGUGCAUAAUUCACGCCCCCCAAAGUCAAUACUUUGAGCCACCUUUUGCAGCAAUUACAGCUGCAAGUCUCUUGGGGUAUGUCACUAUAAGCCACUGGGAUUUUUGCCCAUUCUUCAAGGCAAAACUGCUCCAGCUCCUUCAAGUUGGAUGGGUUCCGCUGGUGUACAGCAAUCUUUAAGUCAUACCACAGAUUCUCAAUUGGAUUGAGGUCUGGGCUUUGACUAGGCCAUUCCAAGACAUUUAAAUGUUUCCCCUUAAACCACUCAAGUGUUGCUUUAGCAGUAUGCUUAGGGUCAUUGUCCUGCUGGAAGGUGAACCUCCGUCCCAGUCUCAAAUCUCUGGAAGACUGAAACAGGUUUCCCUCAAGAAUUUCCCUGUAUUUAGCGCCAUCCAUAAUUCCUUCAAUUCUGACCAGUUUCCCAGUCCCUGCCAAUGAAAAACAUCCCCACAGCAUGAUGCUGCCACCACCAUGCUUCACUGUGGGGAUGGUGUUCUCGGGGUGAUGAGAGCUGUUGGGUUUGCGCCAGACAUAGUGUUUUCCUUGAUUGCCAAAAAGCUCAAUUUUAGUCUCAUCUGACCAGAGUACCUUCUUCCAUAUGUUUGGGGAGUCUCCCACAUGCCUUUUGGCGAACACCAAACGUGUUUGCUUAUUUUUUUCUUUAAGCAACGGCUUUUUUCUGGCCACUCUUCCGUAAUGCCCAGCUCUGUGGAGUGUAUGGCUUAAAGUGGUCCUAUGGACAGAGACUCCAAUCUCUGCUGUGGAGCUUUGCAGCUCCUUCAGGGUUAUCUUUGGUCUCUUUGUUGCCUUUCUGAUUAAUGCCCUCCUUGCCUGGUCUGUGAGUUUUGGUGGGCGGCCCUCUCUUGGCAGGUUUGUUGUGGUGCCAUAUUCUUUCAAUUUUUUAAUAAUGGAUUUAAUGGUGCUCCGUGGGUUGUUCAAAGUUUCUGAUAUUAUUUUACAACCCAACCCUGAUCUGUACUUCUCCACAACUUUGUCCCUGACCUGUUUGGUGAGCUCCUUGGUCUUCAUGGUGCCACUUGCUUGAUGGUGCCCCUUGCUUAGUGGUGUUGCAGACUCUGGGGCCUUUCAGAACAGGUGUAUAUAUACUGAGAUCAUGUGACACUUAAAUUGCACACAGGUGGACUUUAUUGAACUAAUUAUGUGACUUCUGAAGGUAAUUGGUUGCACCAGAUCCUAUUUAGGGGCUUUAUAGCAAAGAGGGUGAAUACAUAUGCACGCACCACUUUUCUGUUAUUAAUUUUUUAGAAUUUGGAAACAAGUACGUUUUUUCAUUUCACUUCACCAAUUUGGACUAUUUUGUCCAUUACAUGAAAUCCAAAUAAAAAUCCAUUUAAAUUACAGGUUGUAAUGCAACAAAAUAGGAAAAACGCCAAGGGGGAUGAAUACUUUUGCAAGGCACUGUAUUCUACAGUGACUCUAACAUGUGACGGUAAUGACUCAUCCCUUUGAUUUCACAGACUCAAGAAUGUGACAGGCUACAUUUGGACAGACUAUGUGACGGUAACGACUCGUCAGGGUUAUUUCAUAGACUCAGCCAUGUAACUUUCCACUCAGGCAUGCUUUGGGCCAGACUCAAGUAUGUGAUGGUGUGGACACAGACAUGAGAUGGUCAGAUCACACAAUCAAGCCGCAGCUCAAAGGCAAGCGGCAGCCGCACUAGCAGAUACAGUCAUUCUGACAGAUUAUAUGGUUAUGCUCCGUCCUGUAAUCUUCCUGAGGCUCAUAAAAGUGGUGACCUAACAAUUUGAGAAUCCCGGCUGUUUCGCUGCUCGCCAUCCACCGCACAGUGCUAUUAUGGCUUUAAGAUCUUGACACAGAUGUGAAGACUGCUUUUGGUGUUUGACAUUUUCAGAGGGCCACGAAGACCUUCAACGCAAUCAUCUCAAUUGUGUUUGUCUGUGAGACAUUGUAUUUAGGUUAUGACUUGAUUGGCCUAUUGCCUUGUGGGUUGAGUGGCGGAGGGGCUGUCUAUAAGACACAUUUGAGUUAUGAGUCAAUUAUUCACGUGUGGCUUGAGUGGUAUAGGUGUUCUUUGUCCGGCAUGCGUUAAGCCCUGGGUUUUAGCAGUAAAAAGAAAAUGAGGGGUCGGUACCCCCACACAGACACAUAUCCCAGAGAGAGAGCCUCAUCACGGACUCCCCAUUGGCCAGGCUUAGACCCCAGCUCUGAGAAAGCUCUCAUCCAAUAAGACGCCCCAUGGGGAAAGCCCUCGUCCAAUAAGAUGGCCCCCUGGGGGGAGGCUGGCGGAUUACUAGUCUGCCCCUGGUGUUUGGAGCAGUGGGGGCACGAGCGAGAAGGGGGAGGGAGUGCGGUCACCAGGGCCAGCGGCCUCCUUUAAAUGGUUGCUAGGGAGCAGGUAUCAAAGGUCUGCGAGUAGCACACAGUCACGGUCAUGGAGGGAAUUAAACCGCAACAAAGAGACAGUUAUUCUGCAAUAAUCCGCCCUGCGGAGGGAAAGUUAUUCUCCAAUAAUCAGAGCCGCCGAGUGGGCAGCCAACGGAGGACUGUUAUCACAAGAGCAUGGUACUGCUCAUACACACACCUUACACAUCCUUUGUGCACUCAUACACCACGCUGUCUUCUCUUUCUCUCUCUCUCUCUCUCACACUCUCACACACACACACACACACACACACACACACUCACACACACACACACCUCUCCAUCCCUCACGGUGUUGUAGCAUGGGGGGAUCCCUGUAAUCGGUCGCAGAGCCCUCUCCCAGAUAGAGAGGUGUUGACUUUGAUCUCCUCUGGGUGGUCUGGAGCCAGUGGGAUUGGGAAUAUAGAGAUGGAGAGAUAGAGAGAGAGAGAGAGAGAGAGAGGUGGUAUAUGGGAAUAUAAAGACACACAGAGAGCUUAGGGGUGAAUCAAGGAUCAACUAUAAAGACUGAGACAGGUGAAAAUAGUGUUUUCUUCAUCUCAUCGUGGGUUAAGAUGAGUUAUACCUUACAUCAAUGAGUAGGGGCUCCAUUGAUUGUUCAUGGUUGCUUAGGGGUGUAAGUGAACACUGCACAUCCUCAUUUUAAGCACUAAAUACAUCCUGUAUUGGACAUAUUAGUAGCCAGCAGGCAUUUUAUAGUAUUGAUACAGAGGGUAACAUGCCUGUGAUCUUAGGUGCAGAACUUCUCCUGAACUGUCUCUGUCUUCAUCUUUCUUCUUCUUACUUUCUCUCUAUUUCUCCCUCAUCCCUCUCUCUGUCUCUCAGGUGUGAGUUGCUGUGUUGUCUGGGUUCAGAGUUCCGGCGGGGUGCAGGUGUGUUGGAUAUAGUCUAUGAGUCGCCCUUCCAGCUGCUCACCUGUGGCUACGAUACCUACAUCCGCUUCUGGGACCUCCGCCUCAGCCCCAGGUACACCGUCAAUCAGUCAGCUGUCAGUCUGUCAGUCAGUUAGUCCAUAUAUUAAGCUGUCAAUCAAUCAUUUGUUCAUAUUUAUGUAUAAAUUGUCUAAAUGUAAAUUCCAGCCAAGCAUUAUGAUUGGCAGAGAGGCGUUCUGAGCCAUACCAAAACAAGAAUAACAUCACGGCUACAGCAUACACCUCUACACACACAUGUGCUAUGAGUCAACACAGCACACAUAACAGCACUAGCAACACAGUCCAAUCAUUCCCCUCCCCUCCAUCUUCCAAAAAGAAAGAGCACAGUAUGUCCCUACCCAGUCCAAUCUGGGCGGUGCCAGAAUGAUGCAGACCCUUGCACAUUUCCACGACAAACCAAGCGGGGUCCUGCUAUCAGAGGGGAGGGUGCCUUUUUAUUUGGGUGCGGUGGGGGUGGGGGGGAUCAGUCAAGUAACACAAAUAAGAGCUGAUUGUCAGUUAGCUCUGGGGAGUUGAGCAGGGGGUUGGCUGGGAGGGGGGGGUCCCUCUUUAGACAUCAAUAAUUCACACACACAGCACCCCCAGGAGGCUCCCUGGGACAGUGAGGAGGUGCAGGGUGUCUGGACCUUGGGUUCCCGCUGAAAGCAGGACUUUGAGUCCCGCAGACGCCUCGAGUGUAACUGACCAGCGGACAACAACACAUGCCCGACAUACACACACACACACACUUCGUUCUCUGUCUGAUAUACAGUGUUGUCUUGGUGUUGUAAAGCACCUGUCUCUUGUUAUGGGUUUAUGUUGUGUAGUGUUGUUGGGAUGUACGUUGUGUCUUUUAUCAGGUUGAUCUAUCAUCUCAUGGUCUUGUUGAAUAUGUGAGUUUUGUGUGUUGGGUUGUUUCAUCAUAUUUUUGGUGUUGUUUCUUUAUGUUUAUAGUAUGGCUUUUUGUAAUUGGGUCAUGGCAAAUAGUUUUCUCAUGUGAUGUGGUAUUGUUUUAUUUAGUUAUGUAGAGGUGUCUGUUUUUGUGUCGUGGCUAUGACAUUCUCUGGGUGAGAUGGUCAGUGUGUAUGCAUUCUGUUCGCAAACUGUUGCAUUCUCACCUCGUCCGACUAACCACACACCACGUCAGCUGUAGGUUUGGCACUCUUGUCUCAAAUUGUCCCAGAAUAACACACUCAGAGAAACCGACACAGCUCAAACUCUCUCAGACACACAAUAUUAUUUUACUGCUUUACCUUAAAUGCCAAGACAGGCAAAGUAGUGUUGUGAUGGGGACACUCCUUUGAGUCUGGUCGAAUCAGAGCUAUAUUUGCCUAUAUCUGGUGUCUCUCAACCAUUUAGGACACACUAGCUAGGUUUCCAUCCAAUUUGCGACAGCUUUUCAUGUGAAUAUUCUAAAAUCCGCAGUAAAAGAAGAUGUGCAUUUUCCCACCAGAAGUGUUUCCAUCAAAUUGACUUGUUGCGGAUAAAAAGCUGUGCGUGAUGAUGUAGUGCACAUGAAAAGCACUUUUGCGAAUGAAAAUCAGAAGUUAAUUGUGUUUCCAUUGCAUUUUCAACUCUACUGAUGGCUUUUCAGAAAAACUGUUGAUAAAUGGCAAACUUGCCCAAUCUGUUUUUGGCGUAUGCUUUCUAGUCUAGACAACUGUUCGCUGAUAAAGUUGACAGGGUAGGUUAUAUGAUAAGAUAACUUUUAUUUGAUAAUGUUAGCCCAGCAUAGCACCGAUCAUCAUGUCACCAGCAUUCAAAUAAUACCCUCGAUAUUUAUUGGAAAUUUGCAUGAAGCUCAUCACACACUUAUAACCACGAUGUGAAGUUCAUCAUAACUUAUUUAAUCUGCCUAUAAACUCUUCAUGCAUUUCCACGUCGUGGUGGGCUAUAGGCUACAAUAUAACAUAUCAAGUUUUCUUUGGCAUUAUGGUUAUUAUAUCAAUAGUUGCGCAUGACAGCGUUUCCACCGCAAUUGUCACAGAAUUUAUUUGUCUAGCGUAUUUUUUCAGGUUAUCAUUAGGAGAUUUUGCAGACAAAUUAGCUGUUUCCAUCAGGUCUGUCGUGAGUUUUUAAAUGUGUCAGGUAAUUAAUUCGCAUUAAUUGGUUGGAUGGAAACCUGGUUAAUUACAGUGAAUUGAGCAUGCGCUCAUUGGAGUGUGUGUGUGUGUGUGUGAGACUCCAGACAUCUCUGCUGUCUGCUCCCGGUCCCUGUGCAUCACUUAUUCAUGAGGCUCUAAUGGAGGAUUGAUCUCUAUUGGCAGAACCCCCAAAAUACAGUGAGCGGAAAAAAGUAUUUGAUCCCCUGCUGAUUUUGUACGUUUGCCCACUGACAAAGAAAUGAUCUGUCUAUAAUUUUUAUGGUAGGUUUAUUUGAACAGUGAGAGACAGAAUAACAACAAAAUAUUCCAGAAAAAAAGCAUGUCAAAAAUCGUAUAAAUUCAUUUGCAUUUUAAUGAGGGAAAUAAGUAUUUGACCCCCUCUCAAUCAGAAACAUUUCUGGCUCCCAGGUGUCUUUUAUACAGGUAACGAGCUGAGAUUAGGAGCACACUCUUAAAGGGAGUGCUCCUAAUCGCAGCUUGUUACCUGUAUAAAAGACACCUGUCCACAGAAGCAAACAAUCAAUCAGAUUCCAAACUCUCCACCAUGGCCAAGACCAAAGAGCUCUCCAAGGAUGUCAGGGACAAGAUUGUAGACCUACACAAGGCUGGAAUGGGCUACAAGACCAUCGCCAAGCAGCUUGGAGAGAAGGUGACAACAGUUGGUGCGAUUAUUCGCAAAUGGAAGAAACACAAAAUAACUGUCAAUCUCCCUCGGCCUGGGGCUCCAUGCAAGAUCUCACCUUGUGGAGUUGCAAUGAUCAUGAGAACGGUGUGGAAUCAGCCCAGAACUACACGGGAGGAUCUUGUCAAUGAUCUCAAGGCAUCUGGGACCAUAGUCACCAAGAAAACAAUUGGUAACACACUACGCCGUGAAGGACUGAAAUCCUGCAGCGCCCGCAAGGUCCCCCUGCUCAAGAAAGCACAUAUAGAGGCCUGUCUAAAGUUUGCCAAUGAACAUCUGAAUGAUUAAGAGGAGAACUGGGUGGAAGUGUUGUGGUCAGAUGAGACCAAAAUCGAGCUCUUUGGCAUCAACUCAACUCGCCGUGUUUGGAGGAGGAGGAAUGCUGCCUAUGACCCCAAGAACACCAUCCCUACCGUCAAACAUGGAGGUGGAAACAUUAUGCUUUGGGGGUGUUUUUCUGCUAAGGGGACAGGACAACUUCACCGCAUCAAAGGGACGAUGGACGGGGCCAUGUACCGUCAAAUCUUGGGUGAGAACCUCCUUCCCUCAGCCAGGUCAUUGAAAAUUGGUCGUGGUGGGUAUUCCAGCAUGACAAUGUCCCAAAACACACGGCCAAGGCAACAAAGGAGUGGCUCAAGAAGAAGCACAUUAAGGUCCUGGAGUGGCCUAGCCAUUCUCCAGACCUUAAUCCCAUAGAAAAUCUGUGGAGGGAGCUGAAGGUUCGAGUUGCCAAACGUCAGCCUCGAAACCUUAAUGACUUGGAGAAGAUCUGCAAAGAGGAGUGGGACAAAAUCCCUCCUGAGAUGUGUGCAAACCUGGUGGCCAACUACAAGAAAUGUCUGACCUCUGUGAUUGCCAACAAGGGUUUUGCCACCAAGUACUAAGUCAUGUUUUGCAGAGGGGUCAAAUACUUAUUUCCUUCAUUAAAAUGCAAAUCAAUUUAUAACAUUUUUGACAUGCGUUUUUAUGGAUUUUUUUGUUGUUAUUCUGUCUCUCACUGUUCAAAUAAACCUACCAUUAAAAUUAUAGACUGAUCAUGUCUUUGUCAGUGGGCAAACAUACAAAAAUCAGCAGGGGAUCAAAUACUUUUUUCCCUCACUGUACUUCCCCUACCACCACCUCCUUCCCCACUGCAAACCCAACCAGCACUCCAACACCCCAGCGCCUUUCCGUAAACAACAGAUGAAGUUUCAGCAUCCUCACAAAACACACGCCAACAUACAAAAUGUAACUUCCUCAUAACAUACACACAUUCAUUUGCCUUCUUUAAAAUUCUUCAGAGUACACUCUCUCGUAAAUCCAGUCACACUGCACAGUGAUGCAGUGGGCCUUUUUACUGUAGAUCAUCAAAGUUAUUUGAACAAAAUGAGUGCUGUAAUGCUGUCAUUUUGGACUAUUUCAGCUGCUGCAAUUAAUUGUAUUUCAAGUGAAAAAGAUGUCUACUUUUUCUCAACAUUCUCUGAUGUAAUUUCCUCCUGUCCAACAGGAAGUGUGUCAUGGAGUGGGAGGAGCCUCAUGACAGUGCCCUCUACUGCAUCCAGACGGACGGGAAUCACAUGAUUGCCAGUGGCUCCUCCUACUAUGGCGUCAUACGGACGUGGGAUAAGCGGCAGACCCGCUGCUUAGAGGUGUGUGUGUGUGGGUGUAUAAUAACCAAAUGUGCGUGGGUGAGUGCCAUUUAUAACUGUUGUUGUCCUUGCCACAGAUGUUCCAGCUGUCCUCUGCUGUGAGUAGCCCAGUGUACUGCCUGCGUUUCAACACCUCUCACCUGUACGCUGCCCUCGCCACAGCACUGCACUCUCUGGACUUCAAACAGGGCCUCCGGCCUCGCAGAUAACACCCACUUCCACAGACAGCUGUUGGGAUUUAGAAAAAUAAAUUAUAUGUUUUUGAC